AUGUCUGAAUUGAUGCUGUUUUUGCCGCCCGAUAACGACAGCAUGACGAAUGGAGCGGUUAUUUCACUUCUGAAUUUGCACUUGGAAAAGCUCCUGGCCUGUUCCUCUGAUGAAUUUAAGAUAGUUCUUCGCCAGGAUUCAUCGAUACCAAAAAUAUUGGAUUCCUACCUUCAGUAUCGACAAAGAUCGUUCGAUAAAGCCGUCGACAUUCAACCGAGCCGAGAAGAGGACGAUUUAGCAAAACGGAUAUUUUUAUUGCUGAUGAGAAUUUCCUCUGAAAAGGAGAAAGCAGUCACAAAGAGGUUCUUUACGGUACCGAGAAUAAUCGACAUAGCCACGUUAUUCGCUCCUACGAACAGACUCUUGGUGGCAAAUUUGUUCGAAAACGUGUACGGGGUAGCUCCUGAGAUUUUCACGACGGAAUUGAACGAAAGUUUCCAAGUAAUCUCGAAUAACUUUACCUCAUUGGUGCGCGGGGACAUCGCUUCCUCUUCCGAAGUCUCGAAGGAAGACGCGCUUCGCUAUCUCCGAGAUGCGGCGAGAAGUUUGGUUGCAUUCGUCCACGCUCUUCCUUUUGAUGACGAGAAGAGAAAAGGAAGAUGGUGGGACAAAAGUUUUGUCGAUUCAGUGAGUAGAGUUAUUGACCACCUGAAUGGUAGUAACACUGGAGAUGACGAAAUGCUUGCAAAAGAUGUGUCAAAGAGUUUUGAAGAACUUCGCAGACUUGUUGUAGGCGAUGGUGCUAUUAAUACUCCACCAUCUAUGUCGAAAGAAGCGAAGUAUGUAAUUGACGAAAUCCGUUCCAUAUUACCGGACUACAGUGAAGCAUUCUUGUUGAAAUGCGUGGACGUGUACGGACUCAACGCAGAACGAAUCACCCAACACCUAUUAGAAGGAGACGUGCCAAAGGAGCUUUUCGAAGAGAAGAAGAAAAAGAAGGAAGUGGCUCAACAACGACCGCCAGUGCCAAAACAACAACAACAACAAAGAGAAACGAAAAGCUUUUUGAACCCCAAAGCGGAAGGAUUUUACGUGCCACAACCAAAGAAGUUUACCACAGAGGCAAAGAAUGUGCUGGAUAAGUCAACUCGUUCCAACAAAGAGGCCGUGUUGAGACUCCUCGAAAAUCUCGAAUACGAAGACGAAUACGACGAUUCGUUUGACGAUUUACCUCCGCCACCUCCAAACGCGGUAGAAAAGCUUGAAGACGACGCGGACCCAGAAUCUGAAGAAAAAGAGUUUUGGUUUUUCAAAGGGCGCGUAUACAACGCACCUAAAGAAGGUGCUAUAGUUAUUAAAGCUCGGUCUCCUCAAGAAGCUUCUCGCAUAGCAGUGGCACAAAUAGACUCCGAGAAAACGUUUGGUUUAGGUGAAGGUGGGAAUAAAGCUGUAUUUCCUCGACACGAUGCGUCUAUUUCGGGAGAACACCAUCUGCAAGGUGGACGACAGCAGUCGAAAAAAGGAGGAGGGGGAAAAGCUUCUGGUGUCAGCACUCGCGGGGCUGGGUCCAACGCCCCGUCUUUUCAGGAACGAAACAGGCGGAAAGCGGCUUCAUCGAGGAAACGCGACGUAAUAUAG